AUGAAAAAUUGGACACUUGAUGAUUUCGAACUUGGCGCUCCACUUGGUGCUGGGCAAUUUGGACAAGUUUGGCUGGCAAAAGAGAAAAAAAGUGGUUUUAUUCUUUCAUUAAAAAUUAUAGACAAAAACAUAAUCAGAGACAAUGAAAAUUUUAAGCACUUGAGAAGAGAAUUGGAAAUUCAAUCGAAAUUGAAUUGCCCAUAUAUUUUGAAAUAUUAUGGACAUUUUCAUGACAAAAAAAAUAUUUAUUUGAUUAUAGAGUAUGCUAAAGGUGAAUUGUUCAGGAGAUUAAGUGAAAAAGGAAGAUUUGAUGACAAAACAGCAUCUCAAUAUAUUUACCAAGUACUUUUGGCACUCAAGAAUAUGCAUGAAAACAAAAUCAUUCAUAGAGAUCUAAAACCUGAAAAUAUUCUUAUUGGGUUCGAUGAUAAAUUACGAGUGGCUGAUUUCGGAUGGGCUGUCUGUAAUAUAGAUAAUAAAAGAGCUACUUUUUGUGGCACACAUGAAUAUCUCUCCCCAGAAAUGAUAGAUAAAUCACCUCAUAAUGAAAAAGUAGACAUGUGGUGUGUUGGAAUUCUCACAUAUGAGCUACUUUCCGGCUCUACACCAUUCCAAUCUCCUGAUAGAUCUUCUAGAGAAGCAUAUCGAAGAAUUAAAAAUUUGGAAUUCGAUAUACCAAACUAUUUAUCAAAGACAGCACGCACAUUUAUCUCAAGAUUGCUCGUUGUUGAAAAUAAUUUGAGACCUACUGCUAUUGAAAUGUUAGAUGAUCCUUGGAUCUUGCAGUAUCAAUAA